UUCUCCCUUUUCUUUCUCCACACUGUCUGAAAAAUCCCACCCUAUUCGGACCUAUUUCUGACCCGAAUCCAUUUUAGUCAGUUUUCUUCUUGCUCUAUGAAGCUUCCACUGUUCUUUCAUGGUGUCUCUUUCUAAAUAUAUAUAUAUAAUACACAUAGAGUUAUAUAUAGAGUUAGUAAACAACCCAUUUGGAUUCCUUAAGCUUAAAGUAACACCCUUUUCUUUCUUUCUUGAUUAAACCUUUCUAACUUCCUCACCAAACACUUCCCAACUAACACUAUUUCUUCAAGAUUCUUCAAACCCACUCUUUAAAACUCUUCAAACCCUUUCAAUUAUACUAACAAAUGAGCAAACAAUCCACUUUUUUUUUUUUCAAUUGAUUUACUCUAAAACUUCAAGAUCUUGAUACCCUUUUGGUUUCUUAUACUUAAUAGUAACACCCCAUUUUCUUUCUUUCUUCAAUCUUUUUUUUUUUCAAGAUUCUUGAAACCAACUCUUUAAAACUUGAAGAUCUUCAAACCCUUUUGAUUAUAUACUAAGAUCUUCAAAAUAGCAUUUUCUUUAAUCUUUUUUUUUUUUUCAAGAAUCUUGAAACCCCAUUAUUUAGUAACUUGAAGAUCUUGAAACCCUUUUGAUUAUUAUACUGUAAAAUGAAGCAAUUAACGGCUUUACAACAAGGUAGAAGGAGUAAUAGUUUUAGAGGGUUAGAUUCACCAUCAGAAGGGUCAGUAAAGUCACCAGCGACUAUUUUCUGGCUUGUGUUACAUGGGGUUUGUUGUUUGAUAAGUUUGGUACUUGGUUUUAGAUUUUCAAGAUUGGUUUUCUUCCUUUUGUUCACAAACUCUACUUUUAGUCCCAAUGGCGGUGUUUACUCCGCGUCGUCGUUGUUUCAUGAUCCCGGUGCUGAUGUAGGUGUUCAGACGAAAAUGAUGUCGUUUUCGGGUGGUCAGGGGAAUAACACGGCGGCUACGGUGUCGAGUAGCCGGGUGGUGGUAGGGCGGCACGGGAUAUUAAUCCGACCCUGGCCCCACCCGAACGCGAGUGAAGUAAUGCAGGCUCAUAAGAUAAUGGAGAUAGUUCAAAGGGAACAGAGAUUACAAUAUGGUGUUAAGAGUCCAAGGACUGUAAUUGCUGUAACUCCAACAUAUGUGAGAACUUUUCAGACUUUGCAUCUUACUGGUGUGAUGCAUUCUUUAAUGAACGUGCCUUACGAUGUCGUGUGGAUUGUGGUGGAAGCUGGAGGAGCCACUAAUGAGACCGCAUCGCUGAUAGAGAAAUCGGGUCUGAAAACAAUUCACAUUGGAUUACGUGAGAGGAUGCCUAUUCUGUGGGAAGAUCGUCAUAAACUGGAGGCAAAAAUGAGACUUCGAGCUUUGAGAUAUGUGAGAGAAGAGAAGUUGGAUGGGGUGGUGAUAUUUGGUGAUGAUAGUAAUAUGCAUAGUUUAGAGAUUUUUGAUGAGAUCCAAAAAGUGAGAUGGAUUGGCGCUCUGUCGGUGGGCAUUCUUGCUCAUUCGGGUGGUGCGGAGGAGGAGAUAUCAACAGUUCAGAAAGAGGAAGAUAGGAAUUUGCAAAUGCCAGUUCAAGGUCCAGCUUGUAAUUCAUCAGAUCAUUUUGUUGGUUGGCACACCUUUGAUUCGUCUCCAUUCGCGGAAAAGAGUGCCAGAUACAUUGGUGACAGGGCAGUUGUGUUGCCAAGGAAGCUUGAGUGGGCUGGCUUUGUGUUGAAUUCUAGGUUAGUAUGGAAAGAUGCUGAAGAUAAGCCUGAAUGGGUUAAGGAUUUGAAUGAUGUAAUUGGGGGGAGGGAGGAUGUUGAGAACCCUUUGUCUUUGCUGAAGGAUCCUUCAAUGGUGGAGCCUCUCGGAAGUUGUGGGCGCAAAGUUAUGCUGUGGUGGCUACGUGUUGAAGCACGGGCAGACAGCAAAUUCCCCGCCAGAUGGAUCAUUGACCCACCACUAGAUGUGACUGUCCCAGCAAAACGCACACCAUGGCCAGAUUCUCCUCCGGAGCUCCCUUCGGGUGAAAAGUUGGUCACUAUGCAAGAGCACACUGAGAAGCGCCCACCAAAAACACGAUCAAGAAAACGUAGUUCUCGGGGAAAGAGGAAGCAUGUAGCAAAGAACGUGGACGACCGUCGUUCAACCAGGCAAUCAAUGGAGAACUAGUAAUAAUCAUCUGUGAAUUCCGCAAGUUUGAAGACCGCGUUACUAUCCUGUGUCUCGUAAAUAGGAGAAGGCAUUUCUUACAAUAGCAAUUGAAAUACAUACUACCUGUCCUUUAUUCAAUUAUAUCUUUGUAUUCUUUUCCACUUCUUUUUUUCCCCAAAUCUCUUCACCGGUUUCUUUUCUGUCCUAUUUUUGGUCUUUAGUCUUUGUGUAAUUGAAUUGAUGAUCAGUUAGAAGGGUGUUGUUGCUGUUGUCACUGUUACUAGACUCCUUUUUGGCCAAAGGUUGUAUUUGUGGCUUGGAGUUUAUAUAUGUAAUGACAACAUCUAGAGAUGAGAAAGUUUAUGCUCAAA